AUGUUACCACCGGUCCCUUCUCUGGCAGACUAUGGCAUCUCUCCAGAGCAUGGUUUUCUCUCCCCCGAGCCGCCACUGGAAUCACUGCCGGACCAAUACUAUGCCAAAUGGGAGGCAAUUACUGCGAAUUUGCAGCCUCUUUUGUUGAGUAAACGGAUUCGAGGAAUCAUUGAUCAUCUACCGAUCCUAUCGACAGAUCACCUGCAGACAGAUGCCGAGUGGCGUCGGGCUUACGUCGUAUUGGUGUUCAUGCUGCAUGGCUAUGUCUGGGGUGGUGAUCGCCCAGCCGAGCGAAUCCCUCCACAGUUAACGGUGCCCUUAUUCAAGGUCUGUGACCGGCUGGAAGUCCCCCCGGUAGCAACCUACGCCGGAGUAUGUCUCUGGAACUAUAAACCAAUCUUCCCAGACGAGCCGGCCGACGACCUAGACAACCUGGCAUGUCUGCAGACCUUCACAGGCUCACUGGAUGAGCAAUGGUUCUAUCUGGUCUCCGUGGCCAUCGAGGCCCGCGGGGCCCCCUCACUUCCCCUCAUGCUGCAGGCAAUCACCGCCGCGCGUGUAGGCAAAGCCCGAGUCGUCACCGAGUGCCUUCAGCGGCUGGCCGAAAUCCUAGACGAUGUCACGGCACUCCUGCAGCGUAUGUAUGACAACUGUGACCCCUACGUCUUCUACAAUCGAAUUCGCCCCUACCUGGCAGGGAGCAAAAAUAUGGCCGAUGCCGGACUACCCAAGGGCCUCUUAUACGAUGAUGGCCACAACACUACCGAGUACCGCCAGUACGGCGGGGGCAGUAAUGCCCAGAGCUCGUUGAUCCAAUUCUUCGACAUCGUCCUAGGCGUUGAGCACCGACCAACCGGCGUCACGCGCAAAGACCAGGCUGCCUCCCCUGCCACAGAGGACGGUCCCAAGUCACGACAUGGGUUCAUUCAUGAGAUGCGCGCCUACAUGCCUGGCUCUCACCGACGAUUCCUCGAGGAUAUCGAUUCUAUUUCAAACAUCCGCCCCUUUGUCGAGGCUCGGCGCGGAGACGCGGCACUGUGUCUUGCCUACGAUGCCUGUCUGUCGAUGCUACGUGCCAUGCGUGACAAACACAUCCAGAUCGUCUCUCGGUAUAUCAUUAUCCAGUCUCGUGGCGCUCGGCGGGCCUCACAGUCUGCUGGCUCAGGCCAACAACCCGCCACAACCAACCUCGCGACUGCUGUUCCGUCCGAUAACAAGAAACUCCGUGGUACCGGCGGCACGGCCCUCAUUCCAUUUCUGAAGCAGGCCCGAGAUGAAACGGGCGAGCCCGCCAUUGAUGCAUGGGCGCGACGACUGCUCAGCAACGGCCCCGCGGAUGCUGGAUUCGCGGCGUUGAGUAAAGUCGGCGAGCAGCCCGAUGGUCACUUGGAGGUUGUUGGUCUUUGCGGGACAUGGACAGCAGACGACAGUGAGGGCGGCAUCUGCCACUGGUAA